AUGUCCGCGUCGCCGCACGUGGAGCUCGACCUGGGCGCCGCCUUGCCGGGCGCGUCCCCGUCCGAGUCCGCCUUCGAGACGCGCACCUCGCGUCUAGACGCGGACCUGACGCAUCUGGCCCGCUCCCUCUCGGCUUCGCAGACGCUUCUCUCGCGCCCGGACGCCGCGCCGGCCGCCCUGACCCCGCACAUGGACGCGCUGCACGCGCUGGCCGCGUCCGUGCGCCGCGACCUGGCCGCCCUUGCCGCGCAGAACUCCGCCGCGGCCGCCGACCCCGCCAGCGGCCCCGCUACGGUCCGCAUCCGCGUCGCCCGCUUCGAGGCCCUCUCCAAGCGCUUCUCGGCCUUCCUCACGGACUACGAGGCCGCGCGCGAGGCGUACAGGCUCGUGCUGCACAACGACGUACGGCAGGGACUGGCUGACCUCGACCCCGCGCUCGACUCCGCGGCGGUCGAUCACGCUAUGACACGACCGGCGGGUAUGGACGCCGUGCUGGAACGCGCUAGCCCUGACCUCAAAUGGCAGGUUCGCGAUAUACGAGAGAGGAAUUCUCAGUUGGUCAAGCUCAACGCCGACGUUGCUACGUUGCAUGACAUGUUCACGGAGCUUUCCUUUCUCACCGAGAAUCAACAGGGCCUCAUUAAUGACAUUGAACUCAAUGUCCAGCACGUGAAAGGCGAUGUCAAGAGGGCUGAUGACGAGAUCGUCGAGGCCCACAAGUACCAGACAUCGGCCAGAAAGAAGAAAAUGAUAAUCUUUAUCCUCCUCGCCAUCAUUCUUAUCAUCAUAGCUGUCGUUAUCGUCAUCGUUGUCACGUGAACUGCCAUCCUUAAUUAUCUCAUUGUUCAAGGCCGCCUGGAGUUGCGCAGCGAUGGUACAAAUGAGUACCGUGUGCUCGAGCACCGGAGCACGGCAACUUUUGCCCUCUCUUCAGGGAACGCUUCUACAUCUGGUUGUCCAGAGAAGUGCACACAAGUCAUGCACACCUGCACACCUGCGCGGUAGGAGUGUCUUUUCGAGCGCUGAGCGCACUGUACAUCUCUAAUGUCUAGAUGACAAGUGACCUCAUAUGAGGCUACUUUUCAACUUUUUUUUUCUCGACUUCUGCUUGCUCAACAACAAGGAAAAGGAUACUAUCGCCACUGCAGUUGAGUUCGGCGUUGCGGAAGGAUGGAGUUUGGUGAGAUCUGGACGUUUUCUCCAUCCGUUUUAGAAUGCCUGAAAAAAAGAAGCCUUUCUGACCAACCUCAAAGCGUUAUGUGUUGAUAUCUCCGAAACCAAAACGCCUGUUUAAAAUGUCAACCGGGUAUUGAAACUUCACUGGAUUCUUAGUUUUUCUGUGCAUGCACAACUGCUAUCCCAAUGUUUUCCAAGUUGUUCUUGCCGAGGGCAUGUACCUUACAGAAAUGGUCUCCAAACUGACUUUAUAAAGUUUCGAUUUAAUAACGUUGGCCGUAAAAUAACGCGCUGUUU